UGCGGUGGCGUUUGCCGGUCUGCAGCAGCAGCAGCUGCCCGCGUUGAAAUGCGGGGCUGGACCUUCCCCGCCGUGACCGUGUUGGGUUCGGGGUCGUGAAUCUGUAUGUACGUGUGUUCUGGUACAAAGGGGCGAAAUCACAGAAGUGUAUCGCUGUAUCCCUCUUUUUGUUGGAACUGAGCCUAGCCUGUGCCUGAAUGUAACCGCGUAGAGGUGUUACUAAGCCUUGCAGAACAAUUCGGUCGCAGCAUACACACCACACCCAGCCCCCCGGUUAGAAUAGAAGCAGGUGGAAAUGAAGACUUGAGAUUUUCUGAAUAAUUUCCGUCCCUAUUAAAGCUGAAGCACUUCAAUCUUUACUUCAUAAGACCCUAAAUAGAAUAGGAGCUGAUUCAGGAUUGUCUGAAACAAGGUCAUUAAACUGAAAUUAUCUCUUCAGACAAUACUACUUUAUGUUACAACAGAAGAGGCUGAUUUUUAUGCUUUUCCCUUUAUUAUACCUAUCCUAAAUAAAUUGAACAGUUUUCAGUUCACAGACUGCCACAGGCUGUCAUGAAUGUGUUUUGUUAAAGGCACCAUUCAGCAUUGCAGCGUUUGCAUCCACUCACCUUAAUGAUGAAGAAGUUGAAGAGAAAUAGUUCUUUCGUGCUGAAUACAUACUAGACCAAAGUAACCUCCAUUAAGAACCCAGUAUUACUGUAACACAUCACCAAAAUGAGUGACAAGGAAGACCAAGAAGAUCCAGCAGAUAUGGGUGAUUUAACAGAAAGUGGAGAAUAUGAAGAUGAUUUUGAAAAAGACCUCGAAUGGCUAAUUAAUGAAGAAGAAAAAGAAAACCUUGGUGAAAGAGAGAAUCCUGAAAAAAAUGAAGAGGGUAUUGAAGCACAAAUUGUUAAAGUUGCGGACAACUUUGAGGAAGACAGUGAGGAAAUGGAAGAAAAUCCAGAUCAGCUUUCAGAGGCAGAUGUAGAUGCAAAAGUGAGACCCUCCAAUGAAGAAAGUUUGGAAUCCAGGUCUGAUAUGAAACAGGGGGACCGUGUAUCUGAUACUGAUAGUGAAAGCUCUAUCCAAGAAUCCAGGCUGGAAAACCAGCAGGAACUGGAUGAAGAAGAGGAUGAAGAAAUAAAGCGUUACAUCUUGGAAAAGAUUGAAGAAGCCAACAAAAUGCUGGAGAAUCAGGCUCCUGUGGAUCAGAACAGAGAGCGGAAAUUAAAAUUUAAGGAUAAGUUGGUGGAUCUUGAAGUUCCUCCUCUAGAAGAUGCUGAAGUUUGUAAAACUGACCUUGCAAGAGGAGAUGAUGUUUCAAAUAGGCUCUCUCGGUUGCAUAUUUCUAAUGAAAUGGGACAGGAAAGCACAUCACUUUCACCACGUGCUGGCAAGGAUGAGGAAAAGAAGGAUGGUAAAAUCCUAGUGGAAAAAGAUGGGAAGUUUGAACUCUUAAGUUUACGUGAUAUUGAAAGUCAGGGCUUUUUGCCCCCAAUAAGUGUUUCUUUUACUGAUAUUGAAACUCAACAAAUGUCUCCAAAAUCUUCACACUACGGUCCUUUUGGCACUGUCUCUCCAAUGAAGGAAGUACCUCCAGUAAGACUAGGAGCACAUUCUUUUUCUCCUGGUGGAGAAGAGUGUGUGUAUUUCCCUAAGCCUCCAUCUAACCCUAAGCGUCGUCCAAAUUCUGCUAUCAAUGCUGCAAGAGGUCUGGGAAAACGGAAGACUCCGCAGAGGGCGCAGUCUGCAAACGUGCCUGUGAGAAGCUCCACUUACUGCCUUUCUCCCAGACAAAAAGAAUUGCGGAAGCAGUUAGAGCAAAGGAAGGAAAAACUGAGGAAAGAGGAAGAAGAAAGGAAAAGGGAACAAGAAGAACAGAAGAGAAGAGAGAAUGAGAUGGUUUUUAAAGCUUGGUUACAGAAGAAGAAAGAACAAGUGCAAGAAGAAAAGCGAAUUCGCCGUGCAAAGGAGCUAGAAGACUUGAACAGCAAAGAGAGGAGCAGGAAUCCAGAAGAAGCCUUCAAGUUAUGGCUUAAAAAAAAGCACCAAGAACACAUGAAAGAAAAACAGAUAGAAAUUUUGAGACAUCAAGCUGAGGGAAUUGCCUUUUUUCCAAGAACAGAGGAAUGCAACAGAGCCUUUAAAGAAUGGCUAAAAAGAAAGAGAGAAGAAAAACGAGCAGAAGAACUAGCUGCUAAAGAGAGAGCAAGGCAGCUUAGGUUAGAAGCCAGAAGAGCAAAACAGAUGCAGAAUAUCCACUGUAUUACUUCAGAGCCAAAAUCCUUUCGCUUCACAGACCAUUACAGUUGAAAGUUUGAUGUAACCAGAGUUCUUAGUGGCAACCCUCUUUCUUAACUUUUAUGGCUUGAGCUUUUGAUCUUUCUUGUGGUGUUUUUAAAGCUUUCAAGCAAGUUUAACAGUUAAUUACCUUCACUGACAAUGAUUUUACUAUCUAUUUAUUUGUAAUUUUGUUGAAAAGCCUGCUUUUAUGUAUAACUCAGGGAUCUUCUUGGUUUGACCAAAUCUAAACGAGUGUGAGAUCUAUAUAUAAGGGUGGCAAAUACACAUUCCUGUCUUUAAAAGGCACUUUAUACUCAACACCACCAUGAAUUCCUGGAUGCAGGCUGUUAUGUAAAAUGUUGAUGUCUUGCUGGGUUAAUAUUGUUGUUUGCUGCUGCUUGUGAUGAAGACUGUACAAGGUGUUACGUUGUUGGAAAAUGCUGUUUCUUGUACUGUUUCCUAUUGAUCAGCUGUUAAUUCUGGCUAGACCAGAGGACUAUUUUAUUUUGGUUUGGGAAAGUGGUCAUUGAAGGCUAACAUGUAAGUGAAUGUGCAUCAGUUUUUGAAGCUUGAUUUCUGUGAGUCAUAUUUAGUAGUUUUCUAUUCCAUGAAGUUAAAAGGUUGCGUGAAAUUAUGACCUUUACCAUUAUCAGGGACGCUAGAUUCCUUGUAUACAUAUCCAUGUUUGCUAAAUUAAUUAUAAUAAACUACUUCACCUUGCCCA